AAUGUAAGCUGCAGUGGAGUGUUGCGUAUCCUCAGCUAGCAGUAUUUCUCAUGGUUUCCUUCUCCAACAGAUUGGGAAACAGACUGCCAUUUGAUGGAGCCAGUGAACCUGACCAUGCCCACGGGUCAUUAAAGUCUGAAUCAGACAUUUUGCAGAACACACUACCUGAAAAUGAGAAAUUCUAUUUCGAUCUGUCCAGAAUUAUUGAUAGAAAUGCAAGGCAUGCUGAUGGAAUUUUCACCAGUGUCUACAGCCAUCUUUUGGCUAAACUUGCUGUGAAGAGAUAUCUGCAUUCGCUUAUUAGAAAACGAGUUAGCUCCCAGGACAGUCCUGUCAAACGCCACUCUGACGCUGUCUUCACUGACAACUACAGCCGCUUUCGAAAGCAAAUGGCUGUGAAGAAAUACUUAAACUCAGUUUUAACUGGAAAAAGAAGCCAGGAAGAGCUAAACCCCUCUAAACUUCGAGAUGAAGCAGAACUUCUUGAACCUUCCUUUUCAGAAAACUAUGAUUCUGUAGAUGAGCUGCUGAGCCACCUCCCACUGGACCUCUGAAGGACACCUGGUAAAAUCUAUGACAAGAGCAAGCUAUUUUUGAGUUCCACAUAGUAUUUCAAAGAGAUGACUUUAGUCAUCAAACCAGAACAAAUAUGUUGUGAAGUGAAAGUUGUGAUAUAUUUGUUUCUUAUGUAAUAAAAGUUGAUAUUUACAUUGUAAAUAUUACUCUAGAGUUCUCUACUGAAAGCUGUACAUAUGGAUGCCAGUUUAACUCAUGAGAAGUCUGUGAGUCCAUAUGCUGUAAAUCCUUUACUUCAAUAAAUUCAUU